AUGCCUGCUCGAUUUGCAAACUUGGAGAAGAAUGCAUGCUUCCCUUACCAUUAUAAUAAGGCAUACAAAUUUGCUGUGGAUCAUGGUAUAAUUGAAGAAAACAAAUAUAAAUAUACUGAGGCAAGAGGUGAAUGUUAUUGCUCAUCAGAUGUGGAGCCUGUUAAGAUAAAGAAAUUCGAGCGAGUUCCCGAAGGCAUGAAAAAACAUAGCAUAGAAAAGCUUAUCGAGCAACAACCACUUACUUGCCGUGUUCGUCAUGUCCGUAGCCUUCAACAACACCGCGGAGAGGAAAUAUACCAGGGCCCAAAUGAGGAUGAAGUUGAAGAAAUAAACAAAAGCAAUGAUAGACGAGAUAAAGCAGGGUGGCACGCGAUGCUAAUCAUUGGGUACGGUGAAGAGAAAGGGGGAGAAUUUUACCUGGUGAAGAAUAGUUGGGGAGAGGAUUGGGGCUAUCGUGGAUUUGCAAAAAUUAAGCGUAGUGUUGUUAGUGACUUAUCAUUUCCAGUUGUGUAG